AUAUAUAUAUAUAUAUGUCCUUUUAUCUCACGGUCGGUGAACAUGCUUUGUAAAGUACAGUCGCUGUUGUAAGUCUGCCGUUUUGUUUAGCUAAUAAAGUAUCACUAAAUGGCUACUCGGCGCUAGCAACACAAGUUAGCUUGUAUAGACAUGGAAGUGCCUUGCUACCUGCCCAAACUGCUCUUUGAGCUCAAUGAGCAGCGUAAGAGGGACUUCUUCUGUGACUGCAGCAUCCUCGUCGAAGGUCGUGUCUUCAAGGCCCAUCGUAAUGUGUUGUUUGCUGGGAGCGGAUAUUUCCGGGCUCUUCUGGUUCACUAUCUGCAGGAUAGCGGGCAGCGCUACAGCACCGCAUCGCUGGACAUUGUGACGGCCGAUGCCUUCUCUAUUAUCCUGGACUUCCUUUACUCUGGCCGCUUGGCCCUGAACAGAAGCAAUGUCAUCGAGGUGAUGUCAGCAGGAAGCUACCUGCAGAUGACCGAUCUGGUGAACUUUUGUAAGGGAUACAUCCGCUCAUCUUUGGAAAUAUGCAACAAGGAGAAAGAGCGGAACACCGAGAAGGAGAACCAGGCACAGGAUAGAGCGAUAGGUCCUGCAGACAGCGGCACUCCUGCUGCGUCAGUCUCCAGUGGUGCGGGGGCCACUGAGCCUCAUUCACAGGCUGCAGAGGCAAAUACAGGGCCAGGUUUAGGUUUGGAGACUGUGACCUCUCCUAGAACCCCCUUGUCUAUCCCUGUCGCCACAACUCUGGGCACCAGCAGAGACAUGGACAGAGACUACCAUUCCAGGGAGGAAUUUGCAUCUGGGAGUGAAGGACAGAAAGGACAAAUGGAUCAGACAAACCUCUCAUCCUCGUCGUCGUCUGCCCUGACCCCAGAGUUGGUGAACCCCAAGAUAGAGUAUGACCCCGACGAGGAGCUAAUGGAGUCCCCCGACACCAAAGACCUAGCCUCGUAUCCCGGGCCCUCUCUCCAUCACCCUCAUCAUAGCAGACUGCUUCCUCCCUCGCCCUCCAAUGAGCGCUCUCCCUUGGGAUACAGCCCUUCCUUUAAUGCCAGGCAGCUGAUGGAGAUGCUGGCCAGAGGUGAAGGCCCCAGUCCUCUGGGGGACAGAGUGGGACAGCGCUUUGCCCAAACAGGAGGAGGCAGAAUUGACGAGGGUUUAGGGUUUGCGGGAUCAUCUAUCAUGGAGAUCCAGUCUGAUUGGCUCGGAGAGGACACAGGCGAUGGUUUGGUAGUGCCAGUGAAACUCCACAAGUGCCCAUUCUGUCCGUACACCGCCAAGCAGAAGGGGAUCAUGAAGAGACACAUCCGCUGCCACACAGGAGAGAGGCCCUUCCCCUGUCCCAUGUGUGGCAAGAGGUUCACAAGACAGGAGCACCUCCGCAGCCAUGCCCUCAGUGUCCACAGGCACUGCUGGCCAGUAUCAUGCAAGAGCUGCAGGCGAACCUUCACUGGAUCCGGCGUUUCACCAGGACUCAAGCGCUUCGGCAUCUGCGACAGCUGCAACUGCGUGACCACCACUCACGAUGAUUCCGCCUCCGUUCACCCCGCCAGCCAACCAGAGUCCAUGGAACGCGCAGAUGGGGGUACAGAUUGGUCCAGUUUUAUGGACGACGUAGAUGAGGUGGAGGUUGGCAGGGUGGAGGACUUGGUAGAGAAACAAAUGCUUGAAAGGCAGCUGGCUGUCUGCACUGAUGUCGAUAACACAGUGAAUCUGUAGCGGCACUUGGAGAAGAAAACAAUUUCUUUAACUGUUUUACUGUUCAACAACUGUAGCCAUACUGUUAUUGAUGUUAAAUUAUUACUGUGAGAUGGCCUUAUUUAUUGACUCAUUGAUGAUAGACAAAGUGGUUUGUUACACGUUUUAUUUUGCACCAAAAGAUGGCAGUUCACAGAUGAAAUUUGCAUUGUGGGUAUUGUUGCAAUAAAUGUGUUGUGUAA